AAGCUAGAGCAUGCCCAAUCCAACUCGACAACAAAUUACGAGAGUUCGCCACCUUUAACCAUAACACGCCAAUUCGCAAUCCCUGCAAACGCCCCUGAGCCCCGCGCCGUUUGACAUGCACGAUCGCGUGUCCGCGCGACUGGCAAAAAGCUAACGCAACGUCUUCUGCACGACCAUGCAACGACCCACAUGCUUGGACAUGGCAAGAAAACAACCUCGAGUAUGGCGGCGCCACGUCUCGCCUCGAUGGUAAUGGGCGCCUGGUGGAGUUGACGAUCCUGGCGGUGUCUGAGGUCAUCGACCAGGAUGUUGACCAGUUGUCGACGCGCACAUUGCUCCCCGGGAUAUGAUGGCGCAGUGCAGACACCCUCCUUCGUCUGUUCUCUAACACCCUCUAGUACACUUGCUUUUUGCUCCUCCAGUGUGUUGUCUUUCUAGUUCUGUUUGUUCCGCUGUCACUCCACUGCCAACACACAAAAGCAUAAAUGUCUCGUCCCCAGUCCCUGCCCGAUUUCUCCGAUCUGAUGGACCCGUCAAUGCCGCUCUUUGAACCCAAUCGUCAACCGCGACGUCAGACAUCGCCAGAACGCGCAACGUUGAUGGGCAGGGCCGCAGGCAGGAGAAAGCAACCUAGCAUGUCGCUCGCAGCAGGCUUGAUCAUGAACAGCGAAGGACCAAACGGACCGCUCAAGUCGCCGCGGAAGAAGACAACGGAGAAUGGGUCGCCGAAGAUGGAGAGGAGUGUCAAGGAAGAGGAGACUGAGGGCGGAGGCACUUUGUUCUAUGCAUAUGCGCUCAAGAGCGACUACGCUAACUCUCCGCCCUCCAUACUGACCUUCGCCUCGGCUGCCAUCUGCACAAAAUGGUGGAACCUUGUGCAACGCGAGUACUCCUCCGCUUCACGACCCAGCCCACAGCUUUUUGUGCUGAAGAGUGAAGAUCUAUCCAACAUUGACGACGAUUCGAAGUUUGCCAAUCUACGAAACUUGUGGUUCUGUACCGCGCAGGACAAUACAGAUGGACCAACAUCUAUAAUUCCCCUCCAGUCUAUAGAUGGGACCCCCGUCGGGUCAGCUUUCGCAUCACAAGUCAGCGCUGAAAAGUCUGCUGCUUCAAAUGACGCCAUCGACGCGUUGACAGCUAAACUUGACAAGCUUGCCACUAUCGUAGUGGACAACGCAGAACAUAUCAACGCCCUCUCCGUCGCGCAAUCCGCGGGUCUCCAACGUAUGCAACAAUUCAACGAAUCGACCUCCACGCAGAUCAAAUCUUUGGCCGACACACAGGCCAAGCUCCAGCAACUCGUCGAUAAGAAUGCCUCACACUAUAUCGCGUUGAGCAACUCCACGUUCCGUAAUCAAGAUCAGAUCAAAGAUACGUUUACCUCUGCCACCACUCAGAUCAAGAACCUGGUCGGGAACCAAUCACAGAUGGUCAAGACUUGCGGAGAGAUGAUGCGCAGUAUCGAGUCGUUGAGCACAUCCGUCACACAUCUUGACACCUCCGUCCAGCGCAAUCAAUCCUGCGAAUUUAUUUCAGAGGACAUGUUCAGCGCCAUGGCGAAGCGCAUCGCGCCUCCGCCGAGGAAGCUCAACAAAAGAAUCAAGGGCGUGUGGUACGAAUACGAUCCUGAAUUUACGACUGUGAGAAGGGAGAUAGAGACACCAGCUGUGCCGAGCACGCCGAAGACCCCGAAGAAGUUGAACGCCUCACUUACGGAUACGCCGGCGAAGAGGCCUGGCACGCCGAGGAAAUUGACGGGCGCUGAUACACCGGUCAAGACGCCGAAGAAGGCGUAAGGUGGGCAUAAGAGGUUGCUCAUGGGUGAUAGGAGCGGAAGUUGGCGCCGUGCGCAUCGACAGCUAAAUUGAGUCAAUGUAUAGGAACAUGUAUGAUAACGAGAUAAUGGCUAUGGGGAUUGGGAGUUCAAUGGAGUUUGAUAGCGACCAUUUGGUAGAUCAUAUCACGUCUAGAUUUUUUG